UUUUUUUAACGUAACACAAGAACAUCGGGUGGCCCGGCUCUGGACAACUAGUUUGCAUCGAUCAAUCGCAUCGUUCGCAUGCGUCCGCGAUUCGUGUUUGUGUUUUAAGUAAUUGUAAGCAUUUUUUACUUUUAAUUUCUUUCAUUUUUACUUUUUUAAUUUUUUACAUUUAUUAUUAUUUUUUUAACUUUUCUAAAAUUUUUUCAAAUUUCAUUUAAUUUCGUGUCUAUAAAGUGUGAAUAUGCCAAAGUGUCGAAGAGCAGGAAAUCCAAGAACGUCUUGAUAUGAGGCGACAUAUGGGUCGUGCACGCAAAUGCAGAAACCUAGUGCGUCCAGCGAACUUGCAACCAGGUAUGUGCGAUCAAUUUCAAGAAGGGCAGGAAAAUGUAGUGAGCCCACGUAUGAAAUGCAUGAUUGUACGAUUGCAAAUGUCUCUAAUGACGACGUGAGCAUAUCGUUAACUCAUUCAUCUCCUGCACCUUCACGUAACGCAUGCAAUGAGUUUGAAUGCUCAACAUCGCGAAUGCGAGGCGAUACGGACGAAAAUAACGAAAGUAUCGUUCUGCGCGAAGAUGGGAACAUCGAUGCAAAUCGUUUGCGUCCUGAAGAGAUUAGUGGAAGGAGCAUUGUCGAUUUUGGAUAUAUUUUUGCAGAAUUGCAAAAACUGUCCAACCACAAUCCGAACAUGUGCAUCUUCACUAAUCUGGUCAUUACGAAAACGAUCCGUUACGGGUUGAAAACCAAGUAUUUUGUCGAAUGUCAAAUGUGUCGUUUUAAAGAUAACUUCUGGAGCGAACCGACAGACGAAAACAUAUUGGAUAUCAGUAGAGGUGCCGUAUACGGUACUCUAUUAACAGGGACUGGCCACACACAGUUAGAAGAACUGUUGGCUGCUAUCGAUGUUCCAUGCAUGUCUAAUAAAGCGUAUCUAAAGUAUGAAAGCGAAGUAUGUAAAGCUUUUGCUGACGCCGCCGAAGAAAAAAUGCGAUUUGCCGGCGAAGCCGAAAAACAAUUAGCAAUUGCGAGAGGUGACCUAAUCAAUGGGAUUCCUCAUAUACCUGCGGUAACGGAUGGUUCAUGGAUGAAGAGAUCGUAUCGCGGUGGUGAUUACGAUUUUCCGUCUGGAAGCGCCUUUAUCGUAGGUUAUUAUACGCGAAAGAUAUUAUUCGUAGGUGUCAGAAACAAAUAUUGUGUUGUAUGCGGACGCGCGUUUAAUAGAAACAUGACAGCGAAACAGCAUGUAUGUUUUGAGAACUGGGGACGUCAUCAGAGUUCUACCAGUAUGGAAAGCGACAUUUAUAUUAGAAGGCUUUCGCAAUAGCUUAGAGAUGCAUGGCUUAAUAUAUAGUAAAUACAUUGGUGAUGGGGGAUAGUAAUGUCUUAAAAAAACUAAGAGAUUUCCCACCGCACCCGAACCUUGUUGCGAAGAAGAUUGAAUGCACAAAUCAUCUUCUUCGCAAUUUGGCAAAUAAAAUACGAGACGCGGGUAAUGGUGCCUCAUAUUUAAAAGCAAUAGUUUCGAGUAGUAAUUCGAAAAUUAGAAACGCUGUAGUAAAGGCUGUAACGUAUCGCCGCAAUAACCAAGUAUCUUGGGAACGCAAAAUUGCUGGUUUAAUGAAAGAUUUACAAAAUAUACCUAGCCAUGUGUUCGGCGAACACAAAGAUUGUGCCUCGUUACAAUAUUUUUGCAAUGGAAAUCCAAAACAGAACGAGGUAAAUCUUGUUCCCGAAUUGCAAAACGCGCGAGUAUAUUGUGAAAUCGAAAGUGCAAUGAAACGUUUGGUAGAGAAUGCGGAAAGUUUAUUGUACAAUUAUACCAGCAAUUCUGUGGAAAGCUGCGAUGCAAUUAUUUGCAAAUUUAUUGGCGGGAAACGGACGCAUUUAGCUCAAAAAGGUUCUUACCAAGCACGUGUAAAAGCAACAGUCGUAAAAUGUAAUAGUUUCAAACCGACGACUGGUGCUUGC